ACACCCGGAUCGAACUACAGGCUGUAGUGAUGGCGCAAUACUGCGAUGCAGUACCUUAGACUGCUGAGCCACUCGGGAGGCCCUAUGUCACUUCAUUUCUUUAUUGUUCCCCUCUAGUCAAGGACUGAUUUAGAUCUGGGACACCAGGAUGGUGCAAUUCAUUAUCAGGUAGAACAGAAAGCCAGCAUGCUCUGGACCUCAUAGGGUAAGAAUUGAAUGCCCCUGACCUAUAGCAUGGACCUACAGAUGUAGCAUCUUAAUUUGACCUAUAUAAGCAAAAAUAAUCCUUCAGCAAGAUGAUUUGAAGGUUUAGUCCAUAAUGUUGCUUGAUCGGUAGUUAGGCUGUUAGCUAACAAAGCUCAUCUGCGGUGCAGGAACAUUUUUCAGCUACAAAAGAGUGAUCAAAUUAAGAUCACUCAUAAUGAAAUAUAAACAGAGGGUAUUCAAUUAUUACCUUUAAAUCUACUGGAGAGAAAAAAAUCAUGGAUUAAGCUAGCUACUUGGCCCUGGGCCUGUAUGUGUAUGUGUUAUUACACAGUGCCAAAAUUCAAUAAAGGUGUUUGUACCACUGGAGAACAAGUCGUUCACUUCACUUCAUGUUUUCUCUCUUUGAGUAUUCAUACAUUCUGACCUGACCUUCAGGCGAACUGAAACUGGCUUAUAAACAAGUUGAAAUACACGGUCGGACAAGGGUGUGGAAGAAUGUUGUAUACAGAACCAAACUUUCCAGCACAUCUCUCCCUAACUCAGUGAGAAGCUUAAAGACGAACAACACUACAUGGUCUACUGGGUUGGUGUGUGGGAUAAACUGUAGUGUUUUCUUCUCCUUACUCAAAUAUAUUUUCACACGAUUGGCACAAGAGCUGGUGGUCUCCAUGGCUAUGCUCCUGUCAGAAAACAACAGGUCUUUCCUUCCCACCCCUAAGACUCCUCUCCACAACGCCACAGAAUGGAUCCUGGUCCACAGCAUCAUCCCUCCCUACAUCUUCACCCUGUGUGUGACGGGGCUGCUGGGUAAUGGCUUUGUCCUGCUGGUCUUCCUUCUCCAGAGGGAGCAGUGCUCCGUCCCAGAGAUCUACCUGGGAAACCUGGCCCUGGCUGACCUGCUCCUCCUGGCCUGCCUGCCCUUCUGGGCCAUGAACAUCCUUAAUGACUACAACUGGCCUUAUGGAGACUUCCUGUGCCAUGUAGUCAAUCUGUCUAUCACUGUCAACUUCUACACCAGCAUCUACCUGUUGGUGAUGGUGAGCGUGGACCGCUACUUAGCGCUGGUGAGGACCAUGAGGGCCAGGUGGCUGAGGAGGAAGCGCUACGCACGAGCGAUAUGCCUCAUACUGUGGCUGUUUGGGCUGCUGAUAGGGGGUCUAGCUUCGCUUCACAGAAAGGUGACGUUCAUUGAGGAAUAUCAGACAAUGGCGUGUAUUCUGGAGUAUCCUGACCACUCUGGGGUGUCUUGGAAGCUGGCCCACAACCUCCUGUUGAACAUAGUUGGCUUUGUUGUACCUGUUGUGGCGAUUUGUUCCUGUAGUUGUAACAUUAUCAGAGCCCUGAGGAAGAGGAGGAACAGUGUUUACAUAGAGGGUGGAAACGACAGGAAGGCCACAGUCCUCGUUUACGCCGUGACGCUGCUGUUUUUUGUAUGUUGGAGUCCCUUCCAACUCUUCACCUUACUCGAUAUGCUGUGUGAUGCAGAGGUCUUGGAUGAGACGUGGCAUUAUACACUGGACAUUGGUACCCAGUUUUCAACCUACCUAGCAAUUCUGAACAGUAGCCUAAAUCCUCUGUUGUAUGUAUUUUCUGGUCAGUAUUUCAGGAGGAAAGUUAGUGCCAUCUACAAGAGAACGAAGAAUCGCAGGAGAUCUGAUACAAUGGCAUUUCAGCUUUCAAUUGUAUCAACCUACCUCCACAGGACUGAUCAAAUCAAACCUGUUGUAAUACAGACAUGAGUUCCUGCAUUUUCCUGCACAUUUGUUUGAUAUCAUGUAGUUAUUUCACACUAAAUUGCAUUUUCAAUGUUGAAUUACACAAUGUAGCCACAUAAAAUGUGUGCAAUCUUGAACUACAUAAUGUAGGUCUAUAAGGUUUAGAUUGUGUAGGAGAUAUGUUUACGGGCACGGAAAUUAUCGUCUCAAAAGUGAGAUAAUGGCGAUAGUUUAUGAAGCGUAUAUUGUGAUAUAAAUACUAUGCAUGCCAGUCUCUCUUGGCUAAGAGUUGAGGAGAGACUGACUGCAUCACUAAUUUUUAUAAGAAACAUUGUGUUGAAAAUCACAAAUUGUUUGCAUAGUCAACUUACACUCAGCUAUGACAAACACACUUAUCCUACUAGACAUGCCACCAGGGGUCUUUUCACAGUCCCCAAAUCCAGAACAAAUUCAAGAAAGCGUACAGUAUUAUAUAGAGCCCUUAUUGCAUGGAACUUCCUUCCAUCUCAUAUUACACCUCUCAACACCUCUCCCCUAUUUGACCUAGAUAGUUUGUGUGUAUGCAUUGAUAUGUAGGCUAAGUGUGCCUUUAAAAAAAAUAUAUGUAGUUCUGUCCUUGAGCUGUUCUUGUCUAUUGAUGUUCUGUAUUAUGCCAUUCUGUAUUAUGUUUCAUGUUUUGUGUGGACCCCAGGAAGUGUAGCUGGUGCUUUUGCAACAGCGAAUGGGGAUCCUAAUAAAAUACCCCAAAAAUAUCACAAUGUCACCUGUCACAAUGUCACUUUUAAUGCAAAAUUUAACUUUUACAGACCUUUUUCUGAGACAAGUAACAGAGAUUGUAUGUUCUAGCAGUGAAGAUCACGGGGUGAUCUUUUAAUGUUUCCUGUGUGUGUAUGUGUGUUACACCAUUCUAGAUUGCCCCAAAACCUUGUCUUGUCACAAUAAAUGAUGGCCUUUAAAAUGCCAAACACAUCUAUGUUAACGCCUAAACAUUGUAUGGCAUUUCUCUCGCCAGUACCCACAUUUACUGUACCUCUACCAUUCUUCUUUUCAAUAAAGUUAUUUAAUACAUAUGA